GUCUUCUUAGUAGAGAACAUGCGCUUUAUCAUUUUGGCCAAUAUAAACAAAGACUCUUUAAUCCAAAAGCGUAAGAUAUGCCCUUGUCUCAAUCAAGAUCAAUGGACGUAGUUUUUGGAGUCUCGCCAACUUCAAUAUAUUGGACCUCAUCGAAGGCCCGUCAAAAAUCGCCAAAUUUUGAUGUAGUUAGAUGAAAGGGCAAUUGAAAAAUGGCAAGAGACGAAUUUAUACAACAAGCCAAGAUCAUUGUGUGCUUCCCCAAUAUUGGAGUGAGCGCCCUCCGCAGAAAUAGGGAACAAAUACUCCCUGACACCAAUGUCACUUUCUUUCGAUCUAGCUUCUAUUUCAAUGAUCCUCCAUCUGUUGUGGGAAUAGAGGAAAGAGAUUUCAUAUCUUCUCCUGCGCCUCCACCCGUGUCAUGGGAAAAAUUAGAAGAAAUUCGACAACGAGUGCUGAGAGAUUUGGAACAGGCUGUGGUGGAACCCGGAGUCAUAAUUCUAGAUGAUAACUCUAAGCCUAGACUCAAUCUGAUCGACGCUAUGGAAAUUGAAGACUGCGAUUAUAAACUCGUUUCCCCUGCACGUAGUCAGAUCACUCGGGAACUCAUGCCGGAGCAUUAUGGAAUUCCAAUGAGGAGGCAGUGGCUGGGUGCGCUGGAGCGUCUGAAAGACGAUUGGGAUGAAUACGCGAUUCCUGCCAGGAAAAAAUUCGAACUUUCUCCGGGUCAAACACUAUCGGAUGUCGUUGUGCAGAUCAUGCAAGAACCAAUUCCAAUACCAAGACCCGCCGACGAUCCCGGAGAGUAUGUAGAGGAGGACGACAAUGUAGAGGUAGUCGAUGAUGAGCCUCUCGGACGAGCUCGUAAUACGGAUAAUAGGAUUGGAUCCAAUGCACAAAUUCGAGCUUGGCCUCUAUCUUUUUCCAACGUCGUUGUUAAUUCGCCCUAUAGUCAAAACAAAAAUACUACCCGAACAAAAACCUUUUUUACAUGGCUCUUUUUCCUCGCUAACGUCUUACUUACCGUCGGCCUCGCGUAUAUACUUUACAACGUGGUACUAGACUACGAAGAAUUCAUCGAGAGCGACACAACACAGAAGAAAGAAAUUCUGAAAGAGCCAUCCGAGUGGGUGGAGGAAAGUCCAUUUUUCAUUUGGACGACAUGGCCGAAGAAACUAGUAAGAGUGGCUUUGCCUUAUGCUGGAAAGAGAAGACAAGUGAGCGAGGAACUAUUAGAGACGGUUGAGAAAUGGAUACAAACAGAGAGAUUUUUGAGGGGAAGCGACCCUGGAUGGCAGUUUUCGGAUGUACUUGAAAAAUUGAGGCAUGUGGGGUUUAUCACUUCGGAUAGUAUAAAGAAAGAAGCAUCUGGAGUGGUCUCUAAAGUGGCUUCUACAGCAUCUUCGACGCUUUCCGCACCAACGACCAUACCGACGAUUGACUUGAUCGGGGAGGAUUAUGAUUAGCGUUUAAAAUGCAUGAGAUGGGAUGGGAAUGCCAUGAUUUGAACUGGAGGCUUCUGGAUUAUGCAUCAGUAAAACGUGUUUUUACACAGCUCGGCGUGAAUGCUAGACAGGAUGAAGCAACUUCUGAAACUCCCAUAAACUAAGUAUCGCAUCAACCACACUUUCUCAUGAAGACUUGUACCAGGCACGCCAGGCUCGUUCAAAUGCCCUGUCGUCCGCA